AUGGAUCGAAAUAUGAGAUCAACUUAUGUGAAUAGUGGACCAAGGUCUCUACCACACAUUGGCAGCAAACGUCACAAUGGUAAUGGCCAUAAUGGACCAAGACUGAGCCCACCAGCUCAAACUACAGUCAAUAUUCAUACUAACCAUAAUAACAAUGUUAAUAAUGCCUGCAGUCAACAUGAUGAUCUCAUUAAUUAUAUUUAUGAUUCUUGGAAUAAGGUGACCCGUGAAUUAGAAAGAGGCAGUGAAGAGGCAAAAUAUUAUCAAGAGCUUCCGCCUCGGCAGUUGGCUAACUUCAGACCGUUUGAUCUAGAAGAAUGGUGGGGACGACGACACGUUCAGUCAAUUAAUAGAAACAAACAUCGUUCCUAG